GCUUUGACCUCUGACGUGCGCAUGCUCCCUGCGUCCCGAGGUCACCCACGCCGGCCCGCCGCGAGCCCCGUGGGGAUCAUGCUCUGAAAGAGAUGGGGGCUUCCGUGUUCCGCGCCAUCAGGAAUUUCAACCUGGAGAACCGAGCGGAACGAGAGAUCAGCAAGAGGAAGCCCUCCAUGGCUCCCAAACACCCUUCCACCAAGAAGCUCCUGCUGGAGCAUGUAAACCAUCAUCCUGAAAUUGAGGGAGAAGUUACUAAAAAAGAUAACAAGCUGCUGUCACUUUUAAAAGAUGUAUAUGUUGAUUCCAGAGAUCCCGUGCCUUCAUUGAAGGUAAAAGUUCAACCAAAGCCAUUGCCAGAGGAGUUGAGAAUGCCAAAAGACCAUCACUUGGAAAUGAAUGUCACCAGCAUUCCUAAAGGCAAAAUUUCCAUUAUAGAGGCACUGACGCUUCUCAAUAAUCAUAAACUUUACCCAGAAAUGUGGACUGCUGAGAAAAUAGCACAAGAAUACUACUUGGAACUGAAUGAUGUAAAUUCUCUUCUAAAAUAUUUUGUUACUUUUGAAGUUUUCUCACCUGAAGACAAGAAAGCACUACAACCAAAAUGAAAAACAGCACCAAAUGACUUUCCCUAGCUCUGUGCUCUGCUAUUUCCUCCUGUUUAGCAUACUAAAUUACACCACUCACUUUGUGUCUCAUGUUCCCCAGUCUGAGAACACACUAUUUAUUGAGUUCAGAAUUUCUAGGGUUAUUUCAUAGAAUAUAUUUUGUUAUAAAUGUUAAUUUGAUUUAUGUACUGAUCCUGUGUAUACAUUAGCAUGGCUAAUCAGCACAUCUAUAAAGUUAUUGUACAUUAAAGAUAAUUUUUCAUCUGAGGUGUGUUGUAUCAGAUCAGGCAGCCAGAAUUCCACACUUAAAACUCAAGGCUCUUCUACUGAAGAUGAUUAAUUUUUUGUUGUGAGGUUUGAAAGUGAGAGCUCUCUUGACUCCUGUACAGACAUAAUGUUUUCUCGUUAGGGAAAGAUAGCUUCAACGGUGAGAUAGAAAAAUAUAGUUUCUCGGAUAAAGACAAUGAGGAGACUAGACAGAAAAUACAUUUUUUAUUACUACUCGGGAAUCAGAAUUAACAAUUAAUUUACUUUGAGUUGGUAAUGAGUAUGAAAUGACAUAAAGUUAAGGUGCUUUGUCCCUGCUUUGACAAAGAUAAAUUCAAAAGUGUUGAAAGAAGCUGUAAGUACUGUACACAUUAAAAGUAACUUUUUCAUCCAGGCGCUGGUGGCUCACGCCUGUAAUGUUAACUACUCGGGAUGCUGAAAUCUUGAGGAUCAUGGUUCAAAACAAUCCAGGCAAGAAAAUCUGUGAGACUCUUAUCUCCACUUAAAACCAGCAGAAAGCUAGAAGUGGAGGUAUUGCUGUAGUGGUAGAGUGCUAGCCUUGAGUGAAUAAGAGAGUACCCAGGCCCUGAGUUGAAGUCCCAGUAAAGCACCAAAAAAAAAACCCCCCCAAAAACCCCAGCGUAAGUGAAAUUGAAUGGGUGAUCAGAUGGUAUGUUUUCUGACUUUCAUGCUAGUUAGAAGAAAGGACAAGUAUAGGAUUAAAAUACCUUUGGAAGGGAACUGAGAAAUUAGAGCUUUAUUCACUUAAACCUUGGAGCCCAGUGUAAGCCAGUGCCAGGAUUUUGAGUUAGAUUGUAUGAGUUUAGCUCACUGUAUAACCAACCACCUGUGAAAUCUUGGCUAGGUUGUGUAACCUCUUGGAGAUUGAAUUUCUAAGAAAUGAGUGUAAUGCUGUUUUACCUAAGGGCAGUAGUUACUGUGAAAGUAAAUAUUAAAGAACUGCAAAGCAAAUGUGAAUUUUGGGGGAGGACUGAGGAAGAAACAUGACAAUUUAUGUAAAAAAUGCCCAGAAUUUAGAUUUCCAAAAUCCACGUGUACUUUUUUUCUAUUUUGGCAAAAAGUA